UGCGAUGUUGGCGUGCCUUCUGUUCUCUGGUUGCUAAACGCUAACAAUGUCCAUGUGCACGUCUGAUACCCUACAUAAGGGGCCCAUUUAAAUUUCCGAAAACAAUUCCCUUUUCUCCAUCCAUGUAGGUAGGUGGCUCUUCUCAGAUGCAUAGUAAAACAAACCCCACUUCAACACAACCCAUUCUAGUCUCCAUGAAAACAAAUGCUUUCCUCAUCUAUUUCUUUGGCCUUUUUUGUCCUACAGCACUUAUAUAUAUAGUCCUCUAUACAUACUUCUUUGCGUAUACCAUAUCCAACCAAUUUCUAUUUAUAUUCUCUCUCUCUCUCUUUCUCUUAAAUGCCAGAAAACAUGAGUAUAUCCGUAAAUGGGCAAUCGCAGGUGCCUCCUGGCUUUCGAUUUCAUCCCACAGAAGAAGAGCUUUUGCAUUAUUACUUGAAGAAGAAGGUCUCCUAUGAGAAGAUCGACUUGGAUGUAAUUCGUGAUGUGGAUCUUAAUAAGCUCGAGCCCUGGGAUAUUCAAGAAAAGUGCAAAAUAGGAACCACUCCUCAAAAUGAUUGGUACUUCUUUAGCCACAAGGACAAGAAAUAUCCCACCGGAACGCGCACAAAUCGAGCAACUGCUGCUGGGUUUUGGAAAGCUACCGGCCGCGAUAAGGUGAUACACAGCAAUGGUAGGCGGAUUGGGAUGAGGAAGACUCUAGUUUUCUACAAAGGCAGAGCCCCACAUGGCCAAAAGUCUGAUUGGAUUAUGCAUGAAUAUAGACUCGACGACAAUAUUAAUGUUGCUGAUGCCAAUGUGUCCAACGUUUUGGGAGAAGCAACACAGGAAGAGGGAUGGGUAGUUUGCCGCAUCUUCAAGAAGAAAAAUCACCAUAAAACCCUAGACAGUCCUCCAAGUUCGUCAUCCAUCGCUUUGGAGGCAAGGACGAACCAGAUGUUCAAUUCUUUCAAUGAAGGAGCUCUAGAUCAAAUACUUCAAUACAUGGGAAGGACGUGCAAGGAAGAAAACGAAGCAAACAACAUUACUGCAAGAUUUCUCAGGCCAAUCGAUGCAACAAUCAACAAUGGUUAUCGUGACAGCAGGUGCAUGAAACUUCCAAGCCUCGAGAGCCCAAACUCAAGCAGUAGCCAAAAUUGUUACCCACCCAUGAUGAUGAAUGAAGGUUCAAUAUCCAACCAGGUGAGUUCCAUGGAUCCCAACUCAGUUUAUCCCUUGGACUCUGGCCUCACCAACUGGGCAGCCCUUGAUCGUCUAGUAGCUUCUCAACUGAAUGGCCAAAGUGAAAAUUCGAGGCAGUUUGGGUGCUUCAAUGACCCAAACAUGGGCUAUUGCAAUCCAAUUGAGCAACCUCACCAUGAUUUCCAAUUCCCAACCCAACGAUCGUCAUUCUCAUUGCCAUCGAGCAGGCCGUACCAUGGAAGUCAUCAAGAUUAUGUAAGUGAGAUUGAGCUGUGGAAUUUCGGCUCUCGGUCACCGCCGUCAACAUCGGACCCAAUAUGCCACGUUUCAAAGUCUAGUGUAUAACAGAUGAAUGAAUAACCCCACAUAAAUAAUGAUAUCAUAGUUGAUAAAGUCAGAAGGAGUAUUAUGACAAGAGUUUUAUGUGAUAAUUUAUAUAUGUAAGUGAUAUAGAAUAUAUAAAUAAAGUGAAGAGUUUCUUA